GGCAUUUUCUCCUCCACAGUUUCCUACCACGUGUAGUAUUUAACAUCAGCACGUACACAAUUUCAUAAAAAAUAAAAGACAAAAUAAAUAAUCAUAUUUUUAAACCACAAUUACAUAUUUAAUUACAACUUCGAAUAUGCGGCGUCAAAAUGGAGUUAAACCAAGAACAAUUAAACAUAAGCAUAAUAAUCAUAACACAACAAACGGAAGAUCGUCCACUCCGGAUAAUUCGUAUUGUUCUCCCUCCAAAAAUUUCUCCUGGAUUUCUGCCGCUCUCGUGACCAUCAUUGCUUGGGCGCUGUACAAAGACCAACUGUCCGCACAAUACAACCCCGCCGAUUACAUGUACCAGGUCAAGGCCAGCCACAUCCUGAAAAAUUAUUGCCACCUCGUCGACGGACUAAUCCAAUUUAUGAAUGAUACGGAGCAAGCGCAUCUUAAUAAUCCUAUCGUACUUUUGCUAAAAAACAAAAUGAAACCGAUCCAGAAUCGGAUCUCCAGUUUGAAAGUGCAGACUCAACAGUACGAAAAAAUGGAACGGAUCCCUGGAGGACCCCAGCAUUUUAUUUCAACAGCAAUUUCAGAAUUGGAGGAAAUCAGGGAUGUACAACUAUCCCAGUUAGAUUCUGAGGUUGCAAAAAUAGUUGGCGGCGUGCGAAAAAAUAUCGACACCUUUUUAAAAACCGAUACCCUAAUUCGAGACUUAUUCAUCCAGCAUGAACCCACAAUUACAUGUUUGCACCACGAAGGCAUAAAUUUCCGGGAUUGGCACGUUUGCGAGAAAAGUUUGCAAUUCGUGGAAAACGUGACGCCAUCCCCGCUCGCAACUUUAAUUCAUUUCCGAAAGCAAUUGGAAGUCCUCGCGGACAAAUUCGCUACUCGAGAAGGAAUGGUUUUAGUUCUGUUAGACCAGCUAAAGAAGAACGGCGUCACGUUAAAACUUACGGGCGGAAAUGAUGAAAGAAAUCCCGACAAAGUUUCCGAAACUAGUGUGAACGAUCCCGCAUUUUUGCAAGGACUGAUGAAAAUUUGGGAAAUGUGGCAAGAUAAUGAUGAAGAUAGAAAUCAAGCGUUUGGAAAUGGGAUGGAGGAGUACUUCCUGGAAAGCGUGGUCCCCUUGAUGGAAGACAUCGCCGAGGAGGUGGCCUCCAGUCAGGACAUGUUUGACGAGGUGGGUUGUCUCAUGUCAGCGGGAAUACAGAGGGCCGAAUAUUUUGCUGAGAAACAUAACGCUGCUCAGCCGGAUAAGUUGUACAUGGAGAUAAAAUCCUUUAUAGAAAAGGAUAUUAAAAAUUUGAGGGGGCGAGUUGAGAAUUUGCAGUAUCAAUAUUAUAAAGUGAAUUAUUGAUAAGUAUUUUAUUGUAAUUGGUUGAUAGAUAUGUACGUGACAAUUUACUUAAUUAUUUCGUUACCAAGAAUUAGAUGACUACAAUGACACAUUAUUUGUGGAACUUCCUUAUCAUUCGUUUAUUGCUUGAUCUAUGUACGUACGUGACAAUUAGCUUAAUUAAAUAUUUCGUUACCCAGAAUUUAAUCGUUUCAUAACUAUGACGCAUUAUUUGUGUAACUUACUUUUCUUUCGUUUCGUUACAUAUUUGUAAAAUAAAUUCAUCCUUGCCAAGUUAAA